AAUAGCCGAGGUUAUCGCGAGCAACUUGAAGUCUCGUCCACGUGUACUAGUAUUCCAGUGGGUGGCUUUGAGCGUAUUUAGUACUAUCAGGUGUCUCUUGACAACAUCGCGGGUCUGUAGACAGUGCGUGACACCGUUGACAGAACCCGUAUUUUUCCCCCUCAUCUCAUAUUGGUUGUUGACGCCGAGGCGAGCUUUACACAGGGAACAGGCUGGAAUCCAACUACGCAUUGCCGCCCCCUACCAUGCCUCACAUAGUCGUAAUAGGCGCCGGCGUCAUCGGCCUCAGCGCCGCCCUGCGAAUCCUGGGCGAGGAGGAGCCGCCGUCGCCGCCGCAGCAGCAGGAGACGCAGAACACGGUGACGAUCGUGGCGCGGGACUACCCGGAGGGCGCCGAGACGGUGGACGGGGCGUCGCAGAUCGACUUCACGUCGGCGUGGGGGGGCGCGCACAACCGGCUGGUGCCGCCGACGGACGCGGCGACGCGGCGGGAGCACGGGUUCGCGCGGCGCACGUUCGCGCGCGUGCGCGGGGUGCGCGCGCGCCACCCCGAGGCCGGCGUCACGCUGCUGCGCGGCGUCGAGUACCUCGAGGCCGGCGCGCUGGCGCCCGCGUACCGCGACCUGACCGAGGCGCGCGCGCGCGACGAGGCCGGCCCCGACGGCCUCGGCAUGCGCGGCUUCCGCCUGCUCCCCCCCGCCGAGCUGCCCCCCGGCGUCGCCUGGGGCUGCGAGUACGACACCUGGUGCGUCAACCCCAUGGUCUACUGCGCCUGGAUGCUGCGCCGCUUCGCGCUGCGCGGCGGCCGCGCCGUCCGCCGCGCCGUGCGCGACCCGCGCGAGGUCCUCGCCUGGAGGCUCGAGGGCGGGCCCGUCGACGCCGUGGUCAACGCGUCUGGCCAAGGGUUCGGGGAUGAGCGCGUGUUUGUGACGAGAGGCCAGACCUGCCUCGUCGCGAACCCGUGCCCGGUGACGAUCACGCGGCAGAACAGCGACGGGUCGUGGACGUUCUGCGUGCCGCGGGCCUUCGACGGCGGCACCGUCAUCGGCGGCACCAAGGAGCCCGACAACUGGGACCCGCACCCGUCGCCGGCGGUGCGCGAGGCCCUGCUGCGCCGCUUCGCCGACACGUACCCGGCGAUCCUCGGCCCCGAGGGCCGCUUCGCCGUCAUCAGGGACGUCGUCGGCAGGCGGCCGACGCGCCGCGGCGGCAUGCGCCUCGAGGCCGAGGUCCUCGACGCCGACGGCGACGGCGACGACGACGGCGCCCCCCGCCCCGUCGUCCACGCCUACGGCCUCGGCGGCCGCGGCUACGAGCUCAGCUGGGGCGUCGCCGACGAGGUCGCCGCCCUGCUCCAGCCGUAUUUGGAGGCGAAGACGCCGGGGGCGAGGCUCUGAGCGCGGAUGGGCCCGGAGGAGGGAGGAUCGGGGGGAGGGGGGCUAUGCUGGUGCGGAAACUGAUAGCGUAGCUAGAUAGGAAAUAUUCACGCGUCGUGUUGCAUGCAGCCUUGAAGUGCUUCGUAGCAGACUCCUGCGCGAGACACGGGUGGAGCCUUCGUAGUCUUGCCAGCCGGCUCAUAGGGGUCAUCGGGAGCAGUGCGCGCGUACGAGCUCGGUGGACUGCGGCACAGGCGACCUGCGAAGCUGUCGGGAUACCGGCCAACGUCGAGGACGUGUCCCGUCUGCCGACGUAGAUACAGUCGGCAGCACUAGAUACGUCUUCGCCCCUUGUCUUUCCGUAGAGACUGUGCGAUAAUGAGACGAUCCGGGUAGAAGAAAACUCGUCAAGGAAUGGCGGAUGCCGGCGGUUGGCAAGGAUAUCGUCAAAUAUGCUGCCUAUCCAGAGAAUCAUUCUUGCCUUUUUCACAGGAAAGACAGUUCUCGUAACGGGAUUGCGGCAUUCGUUCUCCCGCCAUUGAUUGUAUUACGUCCCCUCCGCCCGCGGCGAACAUGCUUCCCUCCACAACCGAUAGUCUAUAAUAGCCUGAUGAUGCCGGCCGGUCCGAUGUUAGUAGCUUUUGAUAUUU